AUGGAACAAGACGUGGAUACUGGUUACAGAACUUUGUGUUGCACUUGCUUGAGCUCGGAUCGUAAUGUAAUAUCUAUAAAUGGUCUCACACAAAUAUAUCAAAUGUUCAGAUUAAUGAUGUACGAUUUCGCGGGUGAUAGAUUCGGCGACUCUCUUAUUGAUCGAGAUCAAUUAGUUUGUUGGGAAUGCUUGGCUCUGAUGAAGAAAUUUGCCCGUUUCAAGCGCCAGGUUCAUAGUGCUCAAGAGCACUUGCGAGUGCUCGCUAUGAGCCACUCACAGGAAGUAGGUUUGGCAAUGGAUCAUACUUAUAUGUCCCAAUCAUUAUCAUCAUUAGAAUGUGUUAUCAAGACCGAUUUUGACCAAAUUUUGGUUGAUUACAACUUACAAGAGAAAGACUGGCCGCAGUAUAUAGCUAUUAGUGGAGAUGAGAACGUUAAAAACGAGGGUUACGAUGUAGCUCAGGCUUUAAGAGAUCAUAUAACAUUGAGUAUAGAUGACCAGGUCAAUGUUAUGGGCGUUCCAGAAUUAGUUUUGGAGAAUCCCGUGACCGGUGUGAUGUCUCAUAUUGUGGUCAAUCCCGGAGCAUUGACGGAUUACAGCAGUGUCAAGAGGGAAAUGCCGGAAUUGACCAUAGAUCCCACAUUAAAACCUGACAUGGUAAUAAUAAGCCAGAAUCCAAGGAUUAGUCCAAAGAAGGAGAAAGUUGAUCUCAAGAGCAAAUAUACUAAGGAGCUUAUGACGGACGAGGAAAUGCUCGCUUUAAGGGAAGAAGCCAAACAGAAGGUUCAAUAUGUGAGUUCAGUGUAUAAAUGUGAACUGUGCAUCAUAGGGUUCUAUACACAGCAGCAGGUUGAAGAUCACUUUGUGGCGAUGCACAGAGAGAAACCUGGGUAUCUACCAUGUAAAGUAUGUUACAUAUAUACACCGGAGAACAAAAUGGAUGAACAUAUAGACACACACUACAGCCGAUACACUUGUAAGAUGUGUAGCCGAAAGGAGACCAGCCUUAAGAUGAUGAUGGUACACCUUCGAGCACAUGAAAACAAGACACCGAGGGCCCUUAUACAGAUAGACGGGGAGAAAAAGAGCAGAAAGAGAAAAAACGUUAAAAGUGACGAAGAAGAUAAAUCACCUCCAAAGCCCGGCGACUUGAGGAAGCUGCUGUCUAAAACAACUAUAGUUGGAUACAAGUGCUUAGAAUGUGACAUGUUCUUUAAAAAUUCAAGAGCACGUAAGAACCACGUGGACAGAUUUCACCGAGAGGGUCUGCAGUGUGAUCACUGUAAGAAGAGAUUCGUUAAUAGGACCACUCUCGCUACACAUUUGAGGCUCCACGAAGGUCCCUUGCCAAGAGAGGAAUGCCCUAUCUGCCAUAAAAUGGUCCGGACAAUACAAAUUAAAUAUCACAUACAAAGGCAUCAAAGCACUACCAAGUAUGAGUGUAGAGAUUGUAACAAAAUCUUCUCACACCUAGCAACCUAUCAAGCACAUUUGAAAUUCUCAAGAGCCCAUGCUUCUGAUCAAGUUUUUAAAUUCCCAUGUCCAAUGUGCAAUAAGGGUUACCCAACGAAACAGGCGAUGCAAGACCAUUUUAAUUAUCAACAUCUGAACAAGACAACGCACAAAUGUCCUAUAUGUAGUAAGCCGAUAGCAUCCAAAGCUAAUGUGGAAAAACACAUGAUGAGAGUACAUGGGGAGAAGAAGUCUAAACCGAGGAAACAUGUGUGUCAGAUGUGUGGGAAAGGAUUCACGGACAAGAAGGCUUUAACUCAGCACGAAGUAAUUCAUUCCGGUGAACGGCCACUUUCUUGUGAUAUUUGUCAACAAACAUUUAAACAGAAGGCUUCCCUGUACACACACAAGAAGAGAGUACACAAAGUGUUCCCGGCUAAGAGAGUGGUUGAAUUUAUGGAUAACGGUGAAAAUAACACAUAG